GGACGUGUUCCACUGUGCUCUUCGAAAACCCGAACUUUAAAAAUAGCAAGUCUCGAAAAAUGCAUCGUAUUUUGAGUUAUUUAUGUUAUGUGUGGUGUGACUUCGGUGUGACCUUGUGGUGUAGUUCCUGCAAGGGAGGCAGCUAGCAUGGCCAACAAUAUGGUCCCAUGGCUUGGGGAGUGUUCACGUUCACAAAGGACGGCAGGCAGCGGCUGGCCGGCGUGCUGCGAGCGCUGCUGAUCGCACAACUCGUCGUCUCGCUCUGCAUGGUCAUCUUCUGCUACAACACUUCCAUGAAGGUGCUGGUGCUGCUCAAACAUAUUCACAAGGUGACAGUGUACCUGCUGUACGGGCUAAUUCUGCUGCAAGCUUACUGCAUGAAGCUGCACUACACGAGCGGGCUGCGGCUCAUGUCGUGGUUCCUGCGGUGCCCGCACUGGCGGCGCGUGAUGCUGGCCAGCCGCGUGUGGAUGUUCAGCGGUAGCUGCGUCGCGCUCAACGGCAUGCUCGUCUACGCAGCCUGCCGGACCACGCUCAAGGCACUAAUGAAAGAACUCUCAUCGUCGCUACGCAUUGGAAUCGCCCAAUAUCUGACAGAACCGACGUGGAAAAAGUUGCUCGAUACAAUGCAGAUAGAGCUGGGUUGCUGCGGAGCUGACAAACCGAGCGACUGGCACGAGAUACCCUGGAUAAACAUGGACUUUCUCAACGAGAAAUCGGACCUUGUCAUGAAACUGGCGGGUUCAGACGGUAAAGUUCUCCCUCCAGUGUCCCCGUACUCGUGUUGUACACCGCGUGUGCUGGCUGCCUGCUACCAUGAUCCUUUGCAACAGUGGCGCGAGAUGUGGUCGGGCGGGUCCCCGCUGCUGUCGGCGUCGCUGCACACGCGCGGCUGCGUGGAGGCCGUGCGCGCGCCGCUCACCAAGGCGCUUCUGGCGCUGCAGCUGCUCAGCAUGCUCGUCGUGCUGCUGCAGAUCAUAAUAGUGAUCCUGUCGCAACUCCUGCGCACGAGCGCGCGUGACGCGGUGCUGAGCGGCGACUGCGACGGUGACGGCGACGCGUGCCUCAUAGGACACGUCACGAGGACCGAGAGGAUGCAGCCGGAGCCGGUGGCGGGCCCCAGCGGGCUGGGCGGCGCGGCGUCGGUGGCGCUGGCGCUGCAGCGGGGGGCGGCGGGGCGGGGGGGCGCGGGCCGGCGGCGCGGCCUGCGGGCGCACACCAGCUACCCUUAUCUAUCUUAG